UUGUGUGUGUGAUGUUGUUGUUGUGGCCUAGCUGGUAUGCCUGAAGUCAAAAAGGUGUACCGAGGGGAGGGGGGAAGGUAUAUUUUACAUUUGCAUCUUGCAUCAAUGUACAUCGUAAUAGUUCUUCUACUCGGCGAGAGGGUGAGUGCUUGGCUGGCUGAAUAACCCAUCCGGCGCAAAUGAUGGUGACAAAAGUCCGGCCAAUGCCGCUGAGACAAUCAUCUUGCGCAUUCGUCCUGUCAAGAUACAAGCCAGCCAGCACCAUCCAGCCCGGGCCCCACCGUCCAAAUAUGUAAUACUCAAGUGUAUCCUCUCCCAUCUUGUACUUUGCCUUAGAUUGCGACAUCACAAGCCUCGCGUGGCCAGUUCCGCAGACGAAUCAAGCCGCCUUGUAACCCCCCGUACCUGUCCUCUCCUUAUCUUCGAUGCUUGUCUAGUCCUGAGUCCGUUUAAACGCAGUAAGUACUUUCCCAUCUGUGAGACUGUGUCUUUGCUCAUCUCCCUUCUUCGUUCCAACCCCUGACCUUUCCCCACGCUUCCGUUGAACUCACCCCGGGCUACUGCAACCUUACCCGCGUCUCCGUCGAUUCGCUCUGCCCAUAGUCCGCACUCUCGACCGUUCGGUUGGGUCCUUUUACUCUGUCUUGUCUCUCUUCCCCCUACCACCCAUUCCACCACCCUUGCCGUGUUUACGCACCGACUUUACCAGACCUGGGGGGGAGGGGGGGCGUCUACGAUACACGGAAGGAAUUGUGAAAUCUCUGUUAUGGAUCGCGCACGAACGCCCCCGUCGCACCCUUUUGCUCUUGGUACUGCGCUUCUCGGUCUCUGUCUCUGACCACUGCCUCAAGCCUCCCCAGCUUAAAUAUUCUAUCAUCUGCACCUCCAUCUAGACCCGGCUCUCUCCCCUAUCUACACCUCCCAUCUUAGAUCUACAAGAACAGCACCCCACUCUACCGUCUCGGCACCGCUUCCAGCCUCGCCAGCGCCUAUCAAAACAAUAAAGAAAUACAUCCCCCACCGCCUCCUUCAAUUCCCGCUUCUUCCCCAGACCUGCUCAUCGGGCCCCAUUCUCGUCGCUUUUUACCCUCCACCACUACAACACCGCUACAACCCAAUCAAGAUGCCGGCCAGCCAGAUCGCCUCGCCUCUGCCCAUUCCUCCCCAGCGGAGGAAUCUGCGCCUGAUGACGGGUCAGGACCUUUACGCCAGUCUCAACGCAUCUCUCGCCUCAACAACGCACCGCCCGGUCACGCCUGUACACAUGAUCCAAGAGAACGACUACAGCGUACCCGCUCCUCCGCCGCCGAGUCCUGUCUCCUUCGCCGCGGAGCACUGGCAAUCAUCGAUCCGCCGCUAGAUCGUUCCGGCCAGGUCUACAGCAAAACGAUACUCUACCCUUUGUUCGACACGAACGGGUUUCUUCACUUGUACAAUCAGCAUGGGAGUAAGGGCGAAACGGGAUACGGAGAAAAAGUCAUUUGGUUCUCGAACAGGGUUUACACCAUAAGCACCGCAGGUAACAGCAUGGAAAUUUUCUUCUUGGUCUGCACAUGGUAUUGGGAAUGGCAGUAAAACAAUGUGGUGUUGGCUGGGGACGAAGGGCAUCCACUGAUCGCUCAUAAUUGUGUGUCUGCAUUCGUGGGUACUGAGGAAAUUGUCUUCGGAGCUACGGAAUGACAUUGAUAACAAACAUCCCUUGGCGACAUCGCCCUCAUCUUAUGUGGUUUGCAGCUACUAGGUAGUUCUGGCAAUGGUGACUCGCCGAAAGUGAGCUGUUCGCUAGGGAA